UCUGUCGCUGCCCAGAUCCACAGUCCUUUUGCGGCUGUGUGAGCCUGGGCUGCAAGGGACGCGCGAAGGGGUCCUCUGGGGAACCCAGGGUUGCCAAAGAGUCUGCCCUGCCCUACCCUGCCCUGCCCCGAGCUGCUCCUUCCAGGGGUUGGGACAAAGCAGGUGCAGAGGCAGAGCAGAAGCCCAGCGCCCAGCCUCCUGAACGAUGCCAGCCCAGGGCCCCCUCACCUCCAGUGUGGUCCUGCUGCUGCUGCUGGGCACCGCGGGCGCAGGCCCCUUCUCGCCACGAUCCAAUGUGACACUUCCAGCCCCACGGCCCCCUCCGAAGCCAGGGGGCCGGGCCGUGGGGGCAGGAGGGGGCAACCCUGCUUCUCAGCUUUACGAGCACACAGUGGAAGGAGGGGAAAAGCAAGUGGUGUUCACCCACCGCAUUAACCUGCCCCCUUCUGCUGGAUGUGGGUGUGCCCCGGGCACGGAGCCCCCAGUCCCUGCCUCAGAGGUGCAGGCCCUGAGGGUCCGACUGGAGAUCCUGGAGGAGCUGGUGAAGGGGCUGAAGGAACACUGUACAGGGGGGUGCUGUCCUGCAGCUGCCCAGGCUGGCACAGGACAAACAGAUGUGCGGAGCCUCUGCAGCCUCCGCGGCGUGUUCGACCUGAGCCGCUGUGCGUGUUCCUGCGAGCCCGGCUGGGGCGGGCCCACCUGCUCCGAGCCCACCGAGACGGGGGUGCCCACCGCUUCGCCACCCGCAGCCUCGGCGUCCUGUCCGGACGACUGCAACGACCAGGGCCGCUGCGUCCGAGGCCGCUGCGUGUGCUUCCCGGGCUACGCGGGCCCCAGCUGCGGCUGGCCCUCCUGCCCCGGGGACUGCCAGGGCCGCGGGCGCUGCGUGCAGGGCGUGUGCGUGUGCCGGGCGGGCUUCACGGGCCCCGACUGCAGCCAGCGCUCCUGCCCCGGCGACUGCCACCAGCGGGGCCGCUGCGAGGCCGGGCGCUGCGUGUGCGACCCGGGCUACGCGGGCGAGGACUGCGGGGCGCGGAGCUGCCCGCGCGAUUGCAGCCAGCGGGGCCGCUGCGAGGCCGGGCGCUGCGUGUGCGACCCGGGCUACGCGGGCGAGGACUGCGGGGCGCGGAGCUGCCCGCGGGACUGCGGCGAGGGCGGGCGUUGCGUGGACGGCCGCUGCGUGUGCUGGCCGGGCUAUGCGGGCGAGGACUGCGGCACGCGGACGUGCCCGCGCGACUGCCGGGGCCGCGGGCGCUGCGAGGACGGCGAGUGCAUCUGCGACGCGGGCUACGCGGGCGAGGACUGCGGCGUGCGCGCCUGCCCCGGGGACUGCCACCAGCGGGGGCGCUGCGAGGACGGCCGCUGCGUGUGCUGGCCGGGCUACGCGGGCCCCGACUGCGGCACGCGCGCCUGCCCGCGCGACUGCCGGGGCCGCGGGCGCUGCGAGGACGGCGUGUGCGCCUGCCACGCGGGCUACAGCGGCGAGGACUGCGGCGUGCGCGCCUGCCCCGGGGACUGCCGCGGCCGCGGGCGCUGCGAGGCCGGCCGCUGCGUGUGCUGGCCCGGGUACACGGGCCGCGACUGCGGCGCGCGCGCCUGCCCCGGCGACUGCCGCGGGCGCGGGCGCUGCGUGGACGGCCGCUGCGUGUGCAACCCGGGCUUCGCGGGCGAGGACUGCGGGAGCCGUCGGUGCCCCGGCGACUGUCGGGGCCGCGGGCGCUGCGAGGACGGCGUGUGCGUGUGCCAGGCGGGCUACGGCGGCGAGGACUGCGGCGCGCGCACCUGCCCCGGCGCCUGCCGAGGUCGCGGCCAGUGCCUGGACGGGCGCUGCGUGUGCGACGACGGCUACGCGGGCGAGGACUGCGGCGUGAGGCGGUGCCCGCGCGACUGCAGCCAGCGCGGCGUGUGCCAGGACGGCGUGUGCAGCUGCUGGGAGGGCUACGCGGGCGAGGACUGCGGCGUGCGCGCCUGCCCGGCCCACUGCCACGGGCGCGGCCGCUGCGAGGACGGCCGCUGCCUGUGCCACCCGGGCUACACGGGGCCCGCCUGUGCCACCCGCACCUGCCCGGCCGACUGCCGGGGCCGCGGGCGCUGCGUGCAGGGCGUGUGCGUGUGCCACGCGGGCUACGGCGGCGAGGACUGCGGGCGCGAGGAGCCCCCGGCCAGCGCCUGCCCCGGCGGCUGCGGGCCCCGCGAGCUCUGCCGCGCCGGCCAGUGCGUGUGCGUCGAGGGCUUCCGGGGCCCGGACUGCGCCAUCCAGACCUGCCCCGGGGACUGUCGCGGCCGCGGGGAGUGUCGCCAGGGCAGCUGUGUCUGCCAGGAAGGCUACGCCGGGGAGGACUGCGGCGAAGAGAUACCAGCCAUUGAGGGCAUGAGGAUGCACCUCCUGGAGGAGACCACUGUCCGGACAGAGUGGACCCCAGCUUCUGGUCCCGUGGAUGCCUAUGAAAUUCAGUUCAUCCCCACGACAGAGGGGGCAAGCCCCCCAUUCACAGCACGAGUGCCCAGCUCUGCAUCAGCCUAUGACCAGAGAGGACUGGCUCCUGGCCAGGAUUACCAGGUCACUGUUCGUGCCCUUCGAGGGACCAGCUGGGGGCCUCCUACUUCUAAGACCAUCACAACCAUGAUCGAUGGUCCCCAGGACCUCCGGGUGGUGGCUGUGACACCAACCACACUGGAGCUCAGCUGGCUGCGUCCCCAGGCUGAAGUGGACCGAUUUGUGGUGUCCUAUGUCAGUGCGGGCAACCAGAGGGUGCGGCUGGAAGUUCCCCCAGAGGCAGAUGGGACACUGCUGACUGACUUGAUGCCAGGCGUGGAAUAUGUGGUGACUGUCACUGCAGAGAGGGGCCGGGCAGUCAGCUACCCAGCCUCCGUCAGGGCCAAUACAGCGCCAGGCCACUACAAUUACCCGGAGGUGCGCCCCCCGGCCCUGUCCCCCCAGCCCCGGCCCCGGCCCGCGCGGCCCCCUCGGCCUGUGGGGAACGCAGAGGAGGGGGAGGAGGCGGAGCCACGUCCCGGGUGGAGCCCGCCCCCGUCCCCCCGACGGCCCUGGGGCAACCUGACGGCGGAGCUGGGCCGCUUCCGCGGCUCGGUGCAGGACCUGGAGCGCCACCUGCGGGCUCGCGGCUACCCUCUGCGGGCCAACCAGACCUACGCGGCCGUGGCGCGCCACCUGCACGACUUCCUGCAGCGGCGCCGCGCGGCCGGCCCCAACGGCGCCCCGGCGCCCGCGCCGCGCCCCGGCCCCGACCCGGGCCCCGCGGCGGGCACCCAGAAGCGGGACUCGCCGGGCGCCCUGCCCCGCCACCCCAAGCCCGAGGUGCUGGGCAGCUCCGCCGACGGCGCGCUGCUGCUGUCCCUCGACGGGCUCCGCGGCCACUUCGAGCGCGUGGUGCUGCGCUGGCGGCCCCAGCCGCCCGCCGAGGGUCCGGCCGGGGAGCUGGCCGUGCCCGGCACCGCGCGCACCGUCCGCCUGCCCGACCUCAGCCCGGGCACCACCUACCACGUGGAGGUCCACGGGGUGCGGGCGGGGCAGGCCUCCAAGUCCUACGCCUUCAUCACCACCACAGGAUCCUUACCUUCCCUGGUGGGGCCCACAACGGAUGAGCCUCCUCCCGCAGGCCCUUCCACGACGCAGGGGGCCGAGGCCCCGAUUUUGUUGCAGAACCUUCAGGAGCUGGGAGAGUUGAGGGUGCUAGGCAAAGAUGAGACAGGGCAACUCCGUGUGGCCUGGACUGCCCAGCCCGACGUCUUUGCCCACUUCCAACUGAACCUGCAGGUGCCCGAGGGGCCAGGGGCACAUGAAGAGCUGCUGCCAGGAGAUGCCCGCCAGGCUUUGGUGCCCCCACCCCCUCCUGGAGCCCCUUACACGCUGUUACUUCAUGGGAUCCUCCCAGGGGGCAAGCCCUCUGUUCCAAUCACCUACCAAGGCAUUAUGGACAGAGCUGAGGAGGAGCCUAGGAAGUCCCGGGGCCCACCUCGCCUAGGUGAGCUGACAGUGUCGGACCUGACCUCUGACGCCCUGCGCCUGCACUGGACAGUCCCCGAGGGGGAGUUCGACUCCUUUUUGAUCCAGUACAAGGACAAGCGUGGACUCCAGGUGAUCCCUGUGGAGGGACCCCAGCGCUCAGCCCCCAUCACAUCCCUGGAGCCGGGCCGCAAGUACAAGUUUGUCCUGUACGGGCUCGUCGACAAGAAGAGGCAUGGCCCCUUGGAGACUGAAGCCAAGAUCUUGCCUCAGAGUGAGCCCGGCCCAGGAACCCCACCCCGCCUGGGACAGCUGUGGGUCACAGACCCCACCCCAGACUCUCUGCGCCUCUCCUGGACUGUCCCUGAGGGCCAGUUUGACUCCUUCAUGGUCCAGUAUAGGGACAAGGAUGGACGACCCCAGGUGAUACCUGUGGAAGGGCCUGAGCGCUCAGUUGUUGUCUCCCCUCUGGACCCUGACCACAAGUACAGAUUCACCCUGUUUGGGAUGGCCAACAAGAAGCGCUAUGGCCCCCUCACCGCCGAAGGCACUACUGCCCCAGAGAAGAUAGAGGAGCCCCCUCGCUCUAACGCCCCUGAGCAGCCCCUCCUGGGAGAACUGACUGUGACCGGUGUGACCCCCGACUCCCUGCGCCUGUCCUGGACUGUGGCCCAGGGCCCCUUUGACUCCUUCACGGUCCAGUACAAGGAUGCACAGGGCCAGCCGCAGGCAGUGCCCGUCAGGGGGGAUGAGAAUGAAGUCACCGUCCCUGGCCUGGAACCCAACCGGAAGUAUAAGAUGAACCUCUACGGGCUUCGUGGCAGGCGGCGUGUGGGGCCUGUGUCUGUGGUGGCCAAGACUGCUACAGAGGAAGAGCCCCCCAGCCCCACAGAAGCCAGCACAGAGGCACCGGAGCCCCCCAUGGAGCCGCUCCUGGGGGAGCUGACCGUGACAGGAUCCUCUCCCAACUCCCUGGGCCUCUCCUGGACCGUCCCCCAGGGCCACUUUGACUCCUUCGCCGUGCAGUACAAGGACAGUGAUGGGCGGCCCCAGGUGCUGCGUGUGGGAGGCCAGGAGAGGGAGGCCACCGUGGAGAACCUGGAGCCUGGGCACCGGUACAAGAUGCACCUGUACGGAAUCCACCAGGGGCGGCGCGUGGGCCCCGUGUCCGCCAUAGGCGUCACAGACCAAGCUGUGACCACCCAAGCGGUGCCCCCCACAACCACUGAGCCUGCCCCGAAGCCGCGCCUGGGGGAGCUGGCAGUGACAGAUGCCACCCCUGACUCCCUGAGCCUCUCCUGGACGGUCCCCGAGGGGCAGUUUGACCACUUCCUGGUGCAGUACAGGAAUGGGGACGGGCAGCCCCAGGUGGUGAGGGUGCUGGGGCAUGAGGACCAGGUCACCAUCUCAGGCCUGGAGCCAGACCACAAGUACAAGAUGAACCUGUACGGCUUCUACAGUGGACAACGCGUGGGGCCUGUGUCUGCCAUUGGGGUGACGGCUACAGAGGAAGAGCCCCCCAGCCCCACAGAAGCCAGCACAGAGGCACCGGAGCCCCCCAUGGAGCCGCUCCUGGGGGAGCUGACAGUGACAGGAUCCUCUCCCGACUCCCUGGGCCUCUCCUGGACCGUCCCCCAGGGCCACUUUGACUCCUUCGCCGUGCAGUACAAGGACAGUGAUGGGCGGCCCCAGGUGCUGCGUGUGGGAGGCCAGGAGAGGGAGGCCACCGUGGAGAACCUGGAGCCUGGGCGCAGGUACAAGAUGCACCUGUACGGAAUCCACCAGGGGCGGCGCGUGGGCCCAGUGUCCACUGUGGGAACAACUGACCAGCAACCAGAAGUGACCCUUCCGGCCACUGAGCCCCCGCUGGAGCCACGCCUGGGAGAACUGACCGUGACAGAUGUGACCCCCAACUCCGUAAGCCUCUCCUGGACGGUCCCUGAGGGCCAGUUUGACUCUUUCAUGGUCCAGUACAAGGACAGAGGUGGACAGCCCCAGGAGGUGCCUGUGGCUGCAGACCAGCUUGAAGUCACUGUCCCAAAUCUGGAGCCUGCAAGAAAAUACAAGAUGAAUGUCUAUGGACUCCAUGGCAGGCAGCGGGUGGGCCCCCUCUCGGUGGUAGCUGUGACGGAUCCCCUCCCACCAGUACCAACCUCCAAGGCCCUCCUGGAACCACGCUUGGGGGAACUGACGGUGACAGACGUGGCCACAGACGCCGUGGGCCUCUCCUGGACAGUCCCGGAGGGCGAAUUCGACUCCUUCCUGGUCCAGUAUAAGGACCGGGACGGGCAGCCCCAGGUGGUGCCCGUGGCAGCAGACCAGCGAGCAGUCACUGUGUCCAACCUGGAGCCAAAUAGGAAAUACAAGUUCCUGCUCUUUGGAAUGUGGGAUGGGAGACGACGCGGCCCUGUCUCUGUGGAGACAAGAACAGCUGCCCAAGAUGACGCCAGCCCACCCCGCCUUGGAGAUUUAUGGGUGACAGACACUACCACAGAUUCCCUGCGCCUUUCCUGGACAGUCCCCGAAGGGCAGUUCGACUCUUUCGUGGUGCAGUUCAAGGGCAAGGAUGGGCCCCAGGUGGUGCCCGUGGAGGGUCAUGAGCGCUCAGCCACCAUCGCCCCCCUGGACUCCGGCCGCAAGUACAAAUUCCUCCUCUACGGCCUCCUGGGCAAGAAGCGCGUUGGCCCCCUCACUGUAGACGGCACCACAGACACCCCAGAUGCUUGGGAUCAUACCAAAACAAAGCACCUGCCCAAACCUCGACUGGGGGAAGAGCUUCAGGUGACCCGUGUGACUCAGGACUCUGUGGGCCUCUCAUGGACAGUUCCUGAGGGUCAGUUUGACUCCUUCGUGGUCCAGUACAAGGACAGCAAUGGGCAGCCCCAGGUGGUGCCCGUGGAGGGCAGCCUCCGGGAGGUCAGCGUCUCGGGCCUGGACCCCGCCCAUAGGUACAAGCUGCUACUCUAUGGCUUGUACAACAACAAGCGUGUGGGUCCCCUCUCUGCCAUUGCCACAACUGACUCCAGGGACAACAAGGAAGCCGAAACUAAGGUUCCAAUGCCUCCAGUGGCUAUGCCCCAACUGAGCGAGCUGACAGUGGAGGAGGCCACGCCCCACAGCCUGCAUCUCUCCUGGAUGGUGACAGAGGGGCAGUUUGACUCCUUUGAGGUCCAGUAUACAGAUAGAGAUGGGCAACUCCAAGUGGUCAGAACAGAGGGCGACCAGACUGACAUCACCCUCACUGGCCUCGAGUCUGAACACAGAUACCUGGUGACCUUGUAUGGAUUCCAUGACGGGCAGCGUGCAGGUCCCGUCCAGAUUGAGGGUGUUACAGAGUCACAGGAAGAAGAGGAGGAAGAGCCCACAGAGGCGCCCACCACAACUGUGCAGCCCCCCACAAAGCCGCGCCUGGGGGAGCUGGCAGUGACAGAUGCCGCCCCCGACUCCCUGAGCCUCUCCUGGACGGUCCCCGAGGGGCAGUUUGACCACUUCCUGGUGCAGUACAGGAACGGGGACGGGCAGCCCCAGGUGGUGAGGGUGCCGGGGCAUGAGGACCAGGUCACCAUCUCAGGCCUGGAGCCAGACCACAAGUACAAGAUGAACCUGUACGGCUUCCACAGUGGCCAGCGCGUGGGGCCCGUGUCUGCCAUUGGGGUGACGGCUACAGAGGAAGAGCCCCCCAGCCCCACAGAAGCCAGCACAGAGGCACCGGAGCCCCCCAUGGAGCCGCUCCUGGGGGAGCUGACAGUGACAGGAUCCUCUCCCGACUCCCUGGGCCUCUCCUGGACCGUCCCCCAGGGCCACUUUGACUCCUUCGCCGUGCAGUACAAGGACAGUGAUGGGCGGCCCCAGGUGCUGCGUGUGGGAGGCCAGGAGAGGGAGGCCACCGUGGAGAACCUGGAGCCUGGGCGCAGGUACAAGAUGCACCUGUACGGAAUCCACCAGGGGCGGCGCGUGGGCCCCGUGUCCGCCAUAGGCGUCACAGCGGUGCCCCCCACAACCACUGAGCCUGCCCCGAAGCCACGCCUGGGGGAGCUGGCAGUGACAGAUGCCACCCCUGACUCCCUGAGCCUCUCCUGGACGGUCCCCGAGGGGCAGUUUGACCACUUCCUGGUGCAGUACAGGAACGGGGACGGGCAGCCCCAGGUGGUGAGGGUGCUGGGGCAUGAGGACCAGGUCACCAUCUCAGGCCUGGAGCCAGACCACAAGUACAAGAUGAACCUGUACGGUUUCCACAGUGGCCAGCGCGUGGGCCCUGUGUCUGCCAUUGGGCUGACGGCCUAUGCAGAGCAGCCUCUCAGCCCCCCUCCCUCCAAGCCGCGCCUGGGGGAGCUGGCAGUGACAGAUGCCACCCCCGACUCCCUGAGCCUCUCCUGGACGGUCCCUGAGGGGCAGUUUGACCACUUCCUGGUGCAGUACAGGAACGGGGACGGGCAGCCCAAGGUGGUGAGGGUGCCGGGGCAUGAGGACCAGGUCACCAUCUCAGGCCUGGAGCCGGACCACAAGUACAAGAUGAACCUGUAUGGCUUCCACAGUGGCCAGCGCGUGGGGCCCGUGUCUGCCAUUGGGGUGACGGCUACAGAGGAAGAGCCCCCCAGCCCCACAGAAGCCAGCACAGAGGCACCGGAGCCCCCCAUGGAGCCGCUCCUGGGGGAGCUGACAGUGACAGGAUCCUCUCCCGACUCCCUGGGCCUCUCCUGGACCGUCCCCCAGGGCCACUUUGACUCCUUCGCCGUGCAGUACAAGGACAGUGAUGGGCGGCCCCAGGUGCUGCGUGUGGGAGGCCAGGAGAGGGAGGCCACCGUGGAGAACCUGGAGCCUGGGCGCAGGUACAAGAUGCACCUGUACGGAAUCCACCAGGGGCGGCGCAUGGGCCCCGUGUCCACUGUGGGAACAACUGAAGACCAAGCUGUGACCACCCAAGCGGUGCCCCCCACAACCACUGAACCUGCCCCGAAGCCACGCCUGGGGGAGCUGGCAGUGACAGAUGCCACCCCUGACUCCCUGAGCCUCUCCUGGACGGUCCCCGAGGGGCAGUUUGACCACUUCCUGGUGCAGUACAGGAACGGGGACGGGCAGCCCAAGGUGGUGAGGGUGCCGGGGCAUGAGGACCAGGUCACCAUCUCAGGCCUGGAGCCGGACCACAAGUACAAGAUGAACCUGUACGGUUUCCACAGUGGCCAGCGCGUGGGGCCUGUGUCUGCCAUUGGGGUGACGGCUACAGAGGAAGAGCCCCCCAGCCCCACAGAAGCCAGCACAGAGGCACCGGAGCCCCCCAUGGAGCCGCUCCUGGGGGAGCUGACAGUGACAGGAUCCUCUCCCGACUCCCUGGGCCUCUCCUGGACCGUCCCCCAGGGCCACUUUGACUCCUUCGCCGUGCAGUACAAGGACAGUGAUGGGCGGCCCCAGGUGCUGCGUGUGGGAGGCCAGGAGAGGGAAGCCACCGUGGAGAACCUGGAGCCUGGGCGCAGGUACAAGAUGCACCUGUACGGAAUCCACCAGGGGCGGCGCGUGGGCCCCGUGUCCACCAUAGGCGUCACAGAAGACCAAGCUGUGACCACCCAAGCGGUGCCCACCACAACCCCCGAGCCUCCCCCGAAGCCGCGCCUGGGGGAGCUAGCAGUGACAGAUGCCACCCCCGACUCCCUGAGCCUCUCCUGGACGGUCCCCGAGGGGCAGUUUGACCACUUCCUGGUGCAGUACAGGAACGGGGACGGGCAGCCCAAGGUGGUGAGGGUGCCGGGGCAUGAGGACCAGGUCACCAUCUCAGGCCUGGAGCCGGACCACAAGUACAAGAUGAACCUGUACGGCUUCCACAGUGGCCAGCGCGUGGGGCCCGUGUCUGCCAUUGGGGUGACGGAGGAAGAGCCCCCUGGCCCCACAGAACCCAGCACAGAGGCACCGGAGCCCCCCACAGAGCCGCGCCUGGGGGAGCUGACAGUGACAGAUGCCACCCCUGAUUCCCUGAGCCUCUCCUGGACGGUCCCCGAGGGGCAGUUUGACCACUUCCUGGUGCAGUACACAAACGGGGACGGGCAGCCCAAGGUAGAGAGGGUGCCGGGGCAUGAGGACCAGGUCACCAUCUCAGGCCUGGAGCCGGACCACAAGUACAAGAUGAACCUGUACGGUGUCCACCGUGGCCAGCGCGUGGGGCCCGUGUCUGCCACUGGGGUGACGGCUACAGAGGAAGAGCCCCCCAGCCCCACAGAAGCCAGCACAGAGGCACCGGAGCCCCCCAUGGAGCCGCUCCUGGGGGAGCUGACAGUGACAGGAUCCUCUCCCGACUCCCUGGGCCUCUCCUGGACCGUCCCCCAGGGCCACUUUGACUCCUUCGCCGUGCAGUACAAGGACAGUGAUGGGCGGCCCCAGGUGCUGCGUGUGGGAGGCCAGGAGAGGGAGGCCACCGUGGAGAACCUGGAGCCUGGGCGCCGGUACAAGAUGCACCUGUACGGAAUCCACCAGGGGCGGCGCGUGGGCCCCGUGUCCGCCAUAGGCGUCACAGACCAAGCUGUGACCACCCAAGCGGUGCCCCCCACAACCUCUGAGCCUGCCCCGAAGCCGCGCCUGGGGGAGCUGGCAGUGACAGAUGCCACCCCUGACUCCCUGAGCCUCUCCUGGACAGUCCCCGAGGGGCAGUUUGACCACUUCCUGGUGCAGUACACAAACGGGGACGGGCAGCCCAAAGUAGAGAGGGUGCCGGGGCAUGAGGACCAGGUCACCAUCUCAGGCCUGGAGCCGGACCACAAGUACAAGAUGAACCUGUACGGUGUCCACCGUGGCCAGCGCGUGGGGCCCGUGUCUGCCAUUGGGGUGACGGCUACAGAGGAAGAGCCCCCCAGCCCCACAGAAGCCAGCACAGAGGCACCGGAGCCCCCCACAGAGCCGCUCCUGGGGGAGCUGACAGUGACAGGAUCCUCUCCCGACUCCCUGGGCCUCUCCUGGACCGUCCCCCAGGGCCACUUUGACUCCUUCGCCGUGCAGUACAAGGACAGUGAUGGGCGGCCCCAGGUGCUGCGUGUGGGAGGCCAGGAGAGGGAGGCCACUGUGGAGAACCUGGAGCCUGGGCGCAGGUACAAGAUGCACCUGUACGGAAUCCACCAGGGGCGGCGCGUGGGCCCCGUGUCCGCCAUAGGCGUCACAGACCAAGCUGUGACCACCCAAGCGGUGCCCCCCACAACCACUGAGCCUGCCCCGAAGCCGCGCCUGGGGGAGCUGGCAGUGACAGAUGCCACCCCUGACUCCCUGAGCCUCUCCUGGACGGUCCCCGAGGGGCAGUUUGACCACUUCCUGGUGCAGUACAGGAACGGGGACGGGCAGCCCAAGAUGCUAAGGGUGCCGGGGUAUGAGGACCAGGUCACCAUCUCAGGCCUGGAGCCGGACCACAAGUACAAGAUGAACCUGUACGGCUUCCACAGUGGCCAGCGCGUGGGGCCCGUGUCUGCCAUUGGGGUGACGGCUACAGAGGAAGAGCCCCCCAGCCCCACAGAAGCCAGCACAGAGGCACCGGAGCCCCCCACAGAGCCGCUCCUGGGGGAGCUGACAGUGACAGGAUCCUCUCCCGACUCCCUGGGCCUCUCCUGGACCGUCCCCCAGGGCCACUUUGACUCCUUCACCGUGCAGUACAAGGACAGUGAUGGGCGGCCCCAGGUGCUGCGUGUGGGAGGCCAGGAGAGGGAGGCCACCGUGGAGAACCUGGAGCCUGGGCGCAGGUACAAGAUGCACCUGUACGGAAUCCACCAGGGGCGGCGCGUGGGCCCCGUGUCCACUGUGGGAACAACUGACUCCUUGCCCACGCAGCCCCCAGUGGAGCCCCGCCUCGGGGAACUGGCCGUGGAAGAGGUGACCUCGGACACUGCGCGCCUGUCUUGGACUGUGGCCCAGGGCCUCUUCGACUCCUUCCUGGUUCAGUACAAGGACGCACAGGGGCAGCCGCAGGCAGUGCCCGUGAGCGGAGACCUGCAUGAGGCCACCAUCCCCGGUCUGGACCCAGCUCGCAAGUACAAGUUCCUGCUCUUUGGACUCCGGGAUGGCAAGCGCCGUGGCCCCGUUUCCGUGGAGGCAAAGACCCUCCCCGACACAAAGCCCUCUCCACGCCUGGGGGAGCUGGCGGUGACGGAUGUGACCACAGACGCCGUGGGCCUCUCCUGGACAGUCCCUGAGGGCGAAUUCGACUCCUUCCUGGUCCAGUAUAAGGACAGGGACGGGCAGCCCCAGGUGGUGCCCGUGGCAGCAGACCAGCGAGAAGUCACUGUCCCCAGUCUGGAGCCAAAUAGGAAAUACAAGUUCCUGCUCUAUGGCCUAGCAGGCCGGAAGCGUCUGGGCCCCGUCUCUGCAGAAGGCACCACAGCUCCCCUGGAGAAGGCACCCCAGCUGCCCCACCUCGGGGAGCUGGCCGUGACAGAGAAGACCUCAGACUCGCUGCGGCUCUCGUGGACAGUGGCCCAGGGCCUCUUCGACUCCUUCCUGAUCCAGUACAGGGACAAGGAUGGGCAGCCUCAGGCGGUGCCCGUGACUGCAGACCAGCGGGAGGUCACCGUCGAAGGCCUGGAGCCUGGCAGGAAAUACAAGUUCCUGCUCUAUGGGCUCUCCGGCGGGAAGCGUCUGGGGCCCAUCUCUGCCCUGGGAGUGACAGCUUCUUCCACAUUCCCAGAAGAGGCCACACCAACCCCCACAGCCUCUGAGCCCCCUGAAGCGCCCCGCCUGGGACUGCUGACGGUGACGGAGACAACGCCAGACUCCCUGAGCCUCGAGUGGAGUGUGACCCAGGGCCCGUUUGAGUCCUUCGUGGUCCAGUAUCAAGACUCGGACAGGCAGACCCAGGCCUUGCUUGUGGACGGCGACCAGAACAAGGUCCUCAUCUCGGGCCUGGAGCCCAGCACCUCCUACAAGUUCUCCCUCUACGGCCUGCACGAAGGGAAGCGCCAGGGGCCCAUCUCUGCCGAGGGCACCACAGGGUCAGCUCCUGCUGGUCAGACCCUGGGGGACCCAGGGCCCCGUCUCUCUCAGCUGUCAGUGACUGAUGUGACCACCAUUUCCCUGCGGCUCAACUGGGAGGCUCCACUUGGGGCCUUCGAUUCCUUCCUGCUUCGCUUUGGGGUCCCGUCACCCAGUACCCUGGAGCCCCGUCCGCGCCCACUGCUGCAGCGGGAGUUGAUGGUCCCUGGGACGCGGCGCACAGCCAUCCUCCGGGACCUGCGUCCGGGGACCCUGUACAGUCUCACUCUCUACGGCCUGCGUGGGCCUCACAAGGCCGACAGCAUCCAGGGCACUGCCCGGACCCUCAGCCCUGUUUUGGAGAGCCCCCGUGACCUCCAAUUCAGCGAAAUCGGAGAGACCUCAGCCAAGGUCACCUGGGUGCCCCCAUUGUCCAGGGUGGACAGCUUCAAAGUUUCCUACCAGCUGGCAGAUGGAGGAGAGCCCCAGAGCGUGCAGGUGGAUGGCCGGGCCCAGUCCCAGAACCUGCAGGGCCUGAUCCCGGGAGCUCGCUAUGAGGUGACAGUGGUCUCCGUCCGCGGAUUUGAGGAGAGCGAGCCUCUCACAGGCUUCCUCACCACAGUUCCGGAUGGCCCCACCCAGCUUCGCGCACUGAACUUGACGGAGGGGUCUGCUCUGCUGCACUGGACGGCCCCCCAGAACCCCGUGGAUACAUACAACGUGCAUGUGUCUGCCCCCGGAGCCCCGUCACUGCAGGCCUCAGCGCCGGGCAGCGCGGUGGACUACCCGCUCCGUGACCUGGUAACCCACAUCAACUACACCGCCACUGUGCGCGGCCUCCGGGGCCCCAACCUCACCUCCCCAGCCAGCAUCACCUUCACCACUGGACUGAAGGCCCCCCAGGACUUGGAGGCCAAGGAUGUGACCCCUCGAACAGCCCUGCUCACUUGGACUGAACCCCAAGUUCCACCCACAGGCUACCUGCUCAGCUUUGACACACCUGGUGGACAGACCCAGGAGGUCCUGCUCCCGGCGGGGGUCACCUCACACCGGCUGGUCCGCCUCUACCCCUCCACCCUCUACAACGCCCGGCUGCAGGCCAUGUGGGGCCAGAGCCUCACGCCCCCCGUGGCCACCUCCUUCACCACCGGGGGGCUCCGGAUCCCUUUCCCCCGGGACUGCGGGGAGGAGAUGCAGAACGGAGCCGGCAUCUCCAGGACCACCACCAUCUUCCUCAACGGCAACCGCGAGCGGCCCCUGGAUGUGUUUUGUGACAUGGAGACGGAUGGGGGCGGCUGGCUGGUGUUCCAGCGCCGCAUGAAUGGGAAGACAGACUUCUGGAGGGACUGGGAAGAGUACGCCCACGGCUUUGGGAACAUCUCUGGAGAGUUCUGGCUGGGCAACGAAGCCCUACACAGCCUGACCCAGUCUGGUGACUACUCUAUGCGUGUGGACCUCCGCGCCGGGCAUGAAGCUGUGUUUGCCCAGUAUGACUCCUUCCAAGUAGACUCUGCGGCCGAGUACUACCGGCUCCACCUAGAGGGCUAUCACGGCACUGCAGGUGACUCCAUGAGCUACCACAGCGGCAGCGUCUUUUCGGCCCGUGAUCGAGACCCCAACAACCUGCUCAUCUCCUGCGCCGUCUCCUACCGCGGGGCCUGGUGGUACAGGAACUGCCACUAUGCCAACCUCAAUGGGCUCUACGGGAGCGUGGUAGACCACCAGGGAGUGAGCUGGUACCAUUGGAAGGGCUUCGACUUCUCAGUGCCCUUCACGGAAAUGAAGCUAAGACCAAGAAGCUACCAGCCCCCUGCCAGGGGGGGCUAAGCUGCUGCCCAACUCUUUUGCACCCCAGUAUGACUGCCGAGCACUGAGGGGUUGUGCACAGAGAAGCGCCGGGAGCCUUCACCACCCAGCCUCCUGGAGAAGCCUUCUCCGCCCACGACCUACAGCACCAUGUUUACAGGGGGGAGGGGAAGGGUUGGUACGGGUGCAAUAAAGGAAAAACUG